UUCAGAGAAAGUGAAAGAAAUUUCAGAGCUGCUGUUCAACACAACAGUUCAGAAGAGAAGAAAGAAAAGUCUACAAAUAUUGUUUGAGUGAGUCAGUGAAGGACGAUUGUAUCUGUUGAUCAGCAUUAUGACACACUGGAUGAGAUGGAAGAAGACAAGCUGAAACACAAGGAAGUUCAGAUGAGCAGCAGCGCUCACACUGGAGUCAGUGUUGAUCUGAAUGCUCAGACGGGAGCAGCUGUAAAUGCUCCUGUACUCACUGGAAACACCAUCACAGCCCCAGUGACCUUCAUCUACAACACUGCAGGAAACGAGCCACAAAAUAUUACAGAGACAGCAGAGAAACACAGAGAAGAGCAAGAGGAUUUGAUUCUGAAAAAAUUAUUGGGAACUCACAAAACAGACAUGAAGAAGAAAGCAGAGCGUAUUUUUGAAGGCAAGAAAGAAAAUGAAGCACAUCUCAAGGCUGUUUACACAGAACUGUUCAUCACAGAGGGAGAUAUGAAAGAUGUCAAUCAGGAACAUGAGAUUCUGAAGAUUGAUGAUGCUUUCAAGAACAAAAAACCACAGGACAAAACAAUCAAAUGCAAUGAUAUAUUUACUGAACUGAGGAAAAAUAAUGAGGAAAAGAUUGUGCUGACCAAAGGAGUCGCUGGCAUUGGAAAAACUGUCUCCGUGCACAAGUUCAUCCUGGACUGGGCAGAGGAAACAGCCAAUCAGGAUAUACAAUGUGUGUUCCUGCUUCCAUUCCGAGAGAUUAACAGUAUUAAAGACAGAGAGUUCAAUCUCCAUGAGUUUCUGCUGAAAUUUUAUCCUCAAUUGAAGGACCUGGAAAAAUCAAAGUUUUAUAAGGUAUGUAAACUUGCGUUUAUAUUUGAUGGACUUGAUGAGAGUCGCCUGCCGUUGAAUUUUGAAAGCGGAACAUUGAACAAUGUUGAGGAAAGAUCAUCUGUAGACGAGCUGUUCACAAGUCUGGUCAAAGGGAUUCUGCUUCCAUCAGCUCUUGUCUGGGUGACUUCACGACCAGCAGCAGCCAAUCAGAUCCCUCCUCAGUAUGUGGGUUUGUUCACAGAGGUGCAAGGAUUCACUGACCAACAGAAGGAAGAGUACUUCAGAAAGAGAAUCACAGAUGAGACUCAGGCCUCCAGAAUCAUCUCACACAUUAAGACGUCUCGUAGUCUCUACAUCAUGUGUCACAUUCCUGUGUUCUGCUGGAUCACGGCCACAGUACUUCAGAAUGUUAAGAAUACUGAGAACAUCAGCACAACACUCACUGAAAUGUACAUUCAUUUCCUGCUGAUACAGAUGAACAUGAAGAGCCAGAAAUAUGACAAAAAAACAGAGAGACAGCGUACAAAACUCUUACAGUCAAAUAAAGAAAUGAUUUUGAAGUUAGCCAAGCUAGCCUUUGAACAGUUGAAGGAGCAAAACAUUGUGUUCUAUGAGGAAGAUCUGGAAGCAUGUGGUAUUGAUGUGAGUGAAGACACCGAGUUCACAGGAAUGACCGCUGAGAUCUUUAAGCAGGAAGAUGGACUUCAUGAAGAAAAGAUCUUCUGCUUUGUGCAUCUGAGUGUUCAAGAGUUCCUCGCUGCAGUGUAUGUGUUCCUCUGUUAUCUGAACAAGAACAUGCAGGAGCUUCAGUUUUUCUUUGAGAAGCCAAAAGAAAACAUCACAUUGCAGGAGCUACUAGAGAAGGCUGUUAAUAAAGCCAUGAAGAGUGAGAGAGGACAUCUGGACCUGUUCCUGCGGUUUCUGAUGGGAAAUUCACUGGGAUCCAGUCAAAACCUGCUCAAAGGCCUGAUCGCACACCCUGAAGACACCACAGAGAGCAUCACACAAACAACUGAAUACAUUAAACAAGUACAAAACAAGACGAUCUCAGAUGAAGCUUCAGUCAACCUGUUUUACUGCUUACUUGAGCUCAAGGAUCAUUCAUUAUAUGAGGAAAUCCAGACAUACCUCCGUUCAGAUGAACAUCCAGGGAAAAAACUCUCAUCUUCAAUGUGCACAGUGCUAACCUACAUACUGCUGGUGUCGGAGAAGGUGCUGGAUGAGUUCAACCCAAAGAGGUUCACGUCAUCUUCAAACUACAAGAGACUCGUUCCAGCUGUGAGAUGCUGCAGAAAAGCCCUAUUUGACGGCUGUGGUCUUGAUGAAACUUGCUGUGAAACCGUAUCUUCAGUUCUACAAUCAUCAAACUCCCAUCUGAGAGAGUUGGACCUCAGCAACAAUCACCUGAAGAAUUCAGGAGUGAUGCUGCUUUCUGAUGGACUGAAGAGUUCAAACUGUAAACUGAACAUACUGAGGCUAUGUGGGUGUAAUCUCACUGGUCAGUCCUGUGAAAGUUUAUCUUCAGCUCUACAGUCAUCAAACUCUGUCCUGAAAGAAAUAGACCUGAGUAACAAUGACCUGCAGAAUUCUGGAUUAAAGCUUCUUUCUGAUGGACUGAAGAGUCCAAACUGUCAGCUGCAAAUACUGAGCCUUACUCACUGUAAUCUCACUGUUCAGGCUUGUGAGAGUUUUUCAUCAGUUCUACAAUCCUCAAACUCUGUCCUGAAAGAGCUGGACCUGAGUAACAAUGACCUGCAGGAUUCUGGAGUGAAGCUUCUUUCUGAUGGACUGAAGAGUCCAAACUGUCAGCUGCAAAUACUGAGCCUUACUCACUGUAAUCUCACUAUUCAGUCUUGUGAGAGUUUUUCUUCAGUUCUACAAUCCUCAAACUCUGUCCUGAGAGAACUGGACCUGAGUAACAAUGAACUGCAUGAUUCUGGAGUAAAGCUUCUUUCUGAUGGAUUUAAGAGAAAGCUGGAGAUUUUGAGGUUGUCUGGCUGUAUGGUGACAGAGAAAGGCUGUGGUUAUGUGUCUUCAGCUUUGAGUUUGAACCCCUCACACCUGAGAGAGCUGGAUCUGAGCUACAAUCACCCAGGAGACUCAGGAGUGAAGCUGCUCACUGAUACACUCAACCAUCCAAACUACAGACUGAACAAACUCAAUGUGGAUCAUGGAGGAGAGUUCAGGAUUACAGCAGGAAUGCACAAAUAUUCCCUUCAGCUCACUCUGGAUCUGAACACAGUGAAUAAACGCCUCUGUCUGUCUGAGAGGAACACAGUGAUUACUAACACUGACACAGAGCGUCAGUCGUAUCCUGAUCAUCCAGACAGAUUUGAGUAUCAUCCUCAGGUGUUGUGUAGAGAGAGAGUGUGUGAUCGACGCUGUUACUGGGAGAUUGAGUGGAGUAGGAGUGUGUCUAUAUCAGUGUCAUUUAAGAGCAUCUGCAGGAAGGGAGAGGGUGAAGAGUGUUGGUUUGGAUCUAAUGAUCAGUCCUGGAGUUUGUUCUGCUCUUCUGUCCUUGGUUACUCAUUCAGACACAAUAACAUAGAGACUGUUCUCACUGUAAAGCCCAUCAUCAGUAGAGUAGGAGUGUAUGUGGAUCACAGUGCAGGAACUCUGUCCUUCUACAGCAUCUCUGGAGACACAAUGAUCCUCAUCCACACAAUCCAGACCACAUUCACUCAACCGCUCUAUCCUGGGUUUAGUGUUUAUACUGGAUCAGUGAAGCUGUGUUGAUGAAUCAGAACAGAGAGAUUCUACCCAUAAUGCUUUGAGCUCAUGAUAAAUCAGUGACAGUGAGAUGAUAUUGAGUCUCUUCAUUACAUUAAUAUUGUCCACUAGGAAAGGUCAAGGAUUUCCGUAUACCCACUUAAAAAAGCGCGAGGAUACGUGACCAUCCAAUAAAUCAUAAUAAGAUUUGUUGUUUUUGACAUAAAACAAAGUCCCAUAUUUCAAAUUCUGCCCAUUUUACUUCGAAAUGAAAAAACAUAAAUACCGUUUUGGCGCUCUUUAAUGUGGCGUGCUUCAGUCGAAGAGAAGCGGUAGUGUGAAGCACACGUGAACUGAUCCUCUCCACCGCUUUAAUACAGCGCAAAAUAAACAUGAAUGAACAUCUGAAGGUAUGUUAAAAGAUACAGUAUAACUUGACGAAAUCCGUAUCAUGUCUCGUGUAGGCUUAUUCAGUGUUUCAAUCGCUGAAAGACAUUAAUAACAGCUUGUAAACAAUGUCACGUAACAUCAUAUUUACCUCAGAAUAAACAUAUGUUUAUCAGUGACCAUAAACUUGUUAGUCAGCUAGAAAAAUGAACUCUAGAGAGGAGCAUUUAGCUAAAUAUAUGCACCAUAUUAUAUAUUAAUUAUAAUUUUUAAUGUUCUUUAAUAGCCUAUAUGCAUGUUUGAAUAAAUCCGUCAGUUGACAGCCACCAUUUAAAUGUUUAUAUUUAAAAAAAAAACGAAUUGGAGUAGAAAUAAUUUUAAAGUUAGUAGGCCUUUUAUAACUUUAUUAGCCUAUUAUAAAAAUGUCCUUAAGUGUGAUUUAAGUUUGUAUACAAAUCAGUUCAUUUUAACCUUCAAUAUUAAUGUAGUACCAACUGAUUCUCAUGUAUGUUUUACAGCAUUAGCUGAGAGUUUUUUUUUUUCUUGAGAAAAUUUGCCAUGUACUGUACCUGAUAUACAGUAUAUCCAUAAAUAACUGAUAUCGAAUCGAAUUGCAAGUUAGUGAAUUAAAAUGCAUCACUAUGAUGACAGACUGGCAGGAAAUGGUGCAAAACAGAAAACAAAGUCCAAACAGGGUGAUAUUGUGACAUAAUGAUAAGCUUCAUCUUUCCAUUAUUGUUCAUUUAACUCUAAAACUCUAAAAAAUGCUGGGUUAAAGACACCCCAAGUUGGGUUGAAAAUGGACAAACCCAGCGACUGGGUUGUUUUAACCCAGCAGUUGAGUUAAAUAAAACUACCCAGCAGGUCGGGCAAACAUUUAACCCAACCGCUGGGUUUGUCCAUUUUCAACCCAACUUGGGGUGUUUUUAACCAACAUUUUUUAGCGUGUACUAAUAGUUGCAACUUGCACUCUUAAAUGUGCAUUAAAACUUGCCAGCUGAUAAAACCUAUGAUCCAGGGACCAUAUUCUUAUAACAUAUAAGGCUAUCUUAACUGGCUGAUGGUGAUUGACACGAAACAGUAGAAAAUCAGUCCAGUCUCUUCAGCUGUAGAUGUCAUUGGCUGUUAAAGUCUUGUGUUGCUUGUAAUAAAUUGACAUGUUGAUAACACACACAUAAGCAGUCUUUCAGAAUGCUCUCAAUUACAUGUAGCUUAGAUCAGAUGCAUACUAUAUUCAUUAGUGAGUGUGGCGGUGCUUAUGGGGUGUCGCUCUGGGACAGGUAAGUAUGAGGCUGGGAGGGAAAAAUCACAGUAUACUCACUACAAAAUACUAGACUACACCACUGCUGUCACUGAAAUAUCAUGACUGAAUAAGUGUGUGUGUGCGUGUGUCUCUACUUGUUCUGAUGUAAAUCAGUUGUUUUUAUUGUCGUUUCUCAUCAAUCUCUAUUAUUACUGUCAAAAUUAAGCUUCAGCUGAAAGUGUCUUUCUCAAACAAGAACAUGUCAUUGUCAUCAUUCAUGUGAUGUUCCUCUAGUGUUUGUGCUCAAAUCAUAAACCAGAUAUGAAUUGAUGAUGAAUAUGUUAAUGUCUGAAUGCUGUAUGAAUCAUCAGCUGCGUGUGAAAUAUGAUCAUUCCUUCAGGAGACUUUCUGACAUCAUCAAAUAUGACAUUCAUCAACUCACUUCAUUAAAUAUAUUUACUGUAACUAAAGUAAAGCCAUGUUAAAUUAUUAUGAAUCAUAAAUCAAUUAUUUUAUUUACUAAAACGUGUAAAAAUGUGCAGACUUUGCUGAAGUGAUUUGAACAGGUAUUAACUUAGAUAUAAUGCAAAUAUUCCUGUAGCCAAAGUAUUUGUGUCAAUACUGUAUGGAGGACCAAAUGACUCAAAAUCACAUCAUUAAAUAAAUGUUGACAUAUUGUAAUAAAUGUUGAACUGCA